CGACAGCGUACUUGGGAAAUAAUAUCUUCUUCUCCUCCUUCUUCUUCUUCUUCUUUGGUUUUUUUUUUUUUGAAAGAACGUGGCAAAUAACAAUAUUAUAUAUAUAUAUAUAUAUUUUUUUUUUUUAAAUAGUGGUUGAUGAUCGCCACUUGCGAUUGGUCGUUAACUUUCUUUUCUCUGCAAGUCAACCAGGAAGGAAAAAAAAAAAAAAAAAAAAGAAGCCAUGGUUGGCAAAGUUGACUGGUCCGAAAUCCCCGACGAAAUCUGGACAGCCAUCGGAAAACGCCUCGACAAUCGUCUUGACGUUCUGAGAUUUCGCAGCGUUUGUAAAUCCUGGCGUUCUUUUAUCCCUCCCUUCCACGAUUCUUCUCCUCCUCUGCGUCUCAGAUUCCCUCUGCCAUUCUCAUCCAAAGCCGACGCCUUUGUCUCCCAGAGUACCGUAUAUCGUAUAGACCCACCUAACCAUGAUGGUCAAGGCUCAUCAUCCUCUUCGUUUCUCAAAGGCUGGUUAGUCAAAGUCGAAGAGUUCGAGCCCGGAAAAAUGCUUCUUUUGGAUCUGCUUUCCGGCCGCCGAAUCAGGGACUCACCGAGUACGUUUCCAAAGGUGUUUAGCUUGUUGGAGUUUCGUAUGGUUGAGUUAAGUAAAGCUUAUGCUCUUAAAUAUAUAUGUGGGUUUUCCUCUAUUGCUGGUAUUAACAAAAUUAUUAUAUCCCCUGAUUCUGGGUCUGGGUCUGGGUCUGGCUAUGCUAGAAGCGCAGACGAAUCUGCUAUUUUUGUUAUAUAUGAUCAAGGGAAAUUGGGUUUUGCUAAGAAUGGAGCAGAGGGUUUUACCCUUAUUGAUAAUCGAAUUCUUGAUUACAAUGAUAUAAUUGUGUAUAAAGGACAACCUUAUGUUGUCGAUAGGUGGGGGACUGUUUCUUGGAUUGAUUCGUCUUUGAGGGUGAUUCAAUUCUCACCUCCAUUGUUCGGUUUUGGAAGCCGGAAGCAUUUGGUGGUUGCAAAUAGCGAACUCUAUGUGAUUGAUAGGUAUUUGGAUAGAGAUGUGAAUAUGCAAGACUACGAUGACAAUAAUAAUAAUAACAAUAAUGAUGUUGUUAAUUUCAAUGCUUUUCUUCAUCAUCCUCUUCGACGUCGAAGAUUCGAUUAUUGUCAGGCAAAGACGGUUGAUUUCAAAGUUCAUAAGCUGGAUGAAGAGUGGGGGAGAUGGGUUGAGGUGAAAAACUUGGAUGAUCAGGCAUUUAUUUUGGGUGCUGACUGCUCUUUCUCUAUUUCAGCUAGAGAGUUUGCUGGAUUCCAAAAGAACUGUAUUUACUUCACAGAGCAAUUAGACUUAGAUUUUGCGCUUAGAGGAUUAGGUAAUCCUGAUGGUGGUGUUUUUAACUUAGAGGACCGUACCAUCGACAAGUUAGCAUUUUGCCCAGGCUCUUUCCCCAUGUUUUGUCCACUACAAGCAACCAACCCCUGCACUUUUAGCUCCAAUCUUGGGCGGCAUCCUGUACGUGUGGAUCCAUGUAAGUAUGAUAUCAUGUAGUUUUCAAACCAGUCCAUUUUAUGAUGUGGCUCUGAUGGGUCAACUGUAAAAAGAACUCCUUAUUUUAGAGAAUAAGGAGGUUCCCAGUUUAUCACAAUGGACUUUUCAAACAUGCAGCUAAUUGCAGGUUGUCUAUAUAGCAUGUAGCUUUAGUUCAUAAGAGUGCGUAUCCAAUAAUGCAAUAUAUAUAUAUAUAUAUACAUAUAUACAUAUGCUUUUCUAGAAACCGAUGUACUUUAUUUUCAAGCACAUAAUUAAUGCCAGUGUGGUUGAUGUGUAUAUAGGCCUAUGGGGCGGUGUUUUGCCCUUAAUUUGAAAGUUGUUGUGGGUCUCCAUCGUUGAUUAUGAUUUUGUAUGUUAUGAUCUGAUGUUUGCUUGCUUGACUGUUAAAAGUGGAACUUGGAAUACAAAUUUUCAGUUGAGUGUAAGAGUUCGCUACCCUUUUCUGGUUGGAAUAGGAGCAUC